GAUACACAAAAUCCUGAAGAAAUGAGUGUCAACAGAUCUGAGGAGCAGUUCCAUGCUAUAAACCAUGCAGAGCAAACUCUCCACAAAAUGGAGAACUACCUGAAAGAGAAACAACUGUGUGAUGUACUACUUAUUGCUGGACACCUCCGAAUCCCAGCCCAUCGGUUGGUUCUCAGCGCAGUGUCUGAUUAUUUUGCUGCAAUGUUUACUAAUGAUGUGCUUGAAGCCAAACAAGAAGAGGUCAAGAUGGAAGGAGUUGAUCCUAAUGCACUUAAUUCCUUGGUGCAGUAUGCUUACACAGGUGUUCUGCAGUUAAAAGAAGAUACUAUUGAAAAUUUGUUGGCUGCAGCUUGUCUCUUGCAGCUGACUCAAGUCGUUGAAGUCUGCUCCAAUUACCUCAUAAAGCAGCUCCAUCCUUCAAACUGCUUAGGAAUUCGAUCAUUUGGAGAUGCCCAGGGCUGUACAGAGCUCCUAAGUGUGGCACAUAAGUACACAAUGGAACACUUCAUUGAGGUAAUAAAGAACCAAGAAUUCCUCUUGCUUCCAGCUAAUGAAAUUUCAAAACUUCUGUGCAGUGAUGACAUUAAUGUGCCUGAUGAAGAAACAAUUUUCCACGCUCUAAUGCAGUGGGUGGGGCAUGAUGUGCAGGCUAGGCAACGAGACCUAGCAAUGUUGCUUUCUUAUAUCAGACUGCCAUUACUUCCACCACAGUUACUGGUGGAUCUUGAAAACAGCUCUAUGUUUGCUGGUGAUCUUGAGUGUCAGAAGCUCCUAAUGGAAGCUAUGAAGUACCAUCUCUUACCUGAGAGAAGACCUAUGAUGCAAAGCCCUCGAACAAAGCCUAGAAAAUCAACUGUGGGGGCACUUUAUGCUGUGGGAGGCAUGGAUGCUAUGAAAGGUACCACUACAAUCGAAAAAUAUGAUCUGAGAACCAACAGCUGGCUACAUAUUGGCACCAUGAGUGGCCGUAGGCUUCAGUUUGGAGUUGCAGUUAUUGAUAAUAAGCUCUAUGUCGUGGGAGGAAGAGAUGGUUUAAAAACUUUGAAUACUGUGGAAUGUUUUAAUCCAGUUGGCAAAAUCUGGACUGUGAUGCCUCCCAUGUCAACACAUAGGCAUGGCUUAGGUGUAACAACACUUGAAGGACCAAUGUAUGCUGUUGGUGGUCAUGAUGGAUGGAGUUAUCUAAAUACCGUAGAAAGAUGGGACCCUGAAGGACGUCAAUGGAAUUAUGUGGCCAGUAUGUCAACUCCUAGAAGCACAGUUGGUGUUGUUGCAUUAAACAAUAAACUAUAUGCUAUUGGUGGUCGUGAUGGAAGUUCCUGCCUCAAAUCAAUGGAAUACUUUGACCCACACACUAACAAGUGGAGUCUGUGUGCUUCAAUGUCCAAAAGACGUGGAGGUGUGGGAGUUGCAGCAUACAAUGGAUUCUUAUAUGUUGCUGGGGGUCAUGAUGCCCCUGCUUCUAGCCAUUGCUCCAGGCUUUCUGGCUGUGUGGAACGGUAUGAUCCAAAAAAUGAUUCAUGGUCAACUGUAGCACCUCUGAGUGUUCCUCGAGAUGCUGUUGCUGUAUGUCCCCUUGGAGACAAACUCUACGUUGUUGGAGGAUAUGAUGGACAUACUUAUUUGAACACUGUUGAGUCAUAUGAUGCACAGAAAGAUGAAUGGAAAGAGGAAGUUCCUGUCAACAUUGGAAGAGCUGGUGCAUGUGUUGUGGUGGUGAAGCUGCCAUAAAGCUAUCUUUAUCAAUAGGAGUGAAACUGGUCAUUUCACAAAAUGGAUUCGGAAGAAGAGAAGAAAUGUGUUCUUUCCUUCAAUUAGUAAUCAAACAUAAACAUUAUUGUGUCAUUUUAAUAUGUAGUUAUAAUUUCUCUCAUUUGUGAAGUUAAAGCAAGUUUUCAAACAUGAAUUACAUAUAGGUGUUAAAUGUAUGUGUUGUUGAAGCUGAUAAUAUAAGUGGAAAUCCAAUAGUCUAGGUUUAGCCUCAUUACUAAAAUUUUUAAGGGAAAUCAAUAGUGGCCAAGGUAUGAAAGGUUGUAAAAGCAUUGGUAAUUUUUAAGUUAAGAAUAGGAGAAGUUAAGAACAUUUUCUAUUUCAAAACACAAAAGGUACUCUAUUUUCUGAAAUACAAUAUAAAAGAAAACAUCUAAAGCUUAAAAUAUGAAGUCUGAUUUUCAGUAAGACAUCAUUCUCUUAUUCAAAAAUAUACCAAAUAGCUAAAUAAUACCUCAUUUUAACAAUAGAGAGGCUAUUACUGGGUUAGGGCUAAAAAAAUAACUCAUUUACAUAAUAUUUUAUGCUGAUCACAGUAUAUUAAAAUUUUCACAGACUUACUCUUUUACAGUACCAUCUUACAAAGCACACAUACAAAUUUAGUAUUUUUUAAGAUAUUGUCUUACUAAAUUUGUUACCAGUAAAAUAUUGUAACUUCAUAUACAAUCUAUAUAAUAAAAUAGUAAAUAUUUAUCAUAUUGAUAAAAUGUGACCUCAGCUUUAGAGUGUCAGGGCCUUGCUUGUAUAGAAAAUAGUAUUCUCAGACAUUUCUUUGAACUCUAUAAACAACUAUCAUUAAGUUAAAGAAUUUUUCAAAAACAAAACAAUUUUCAAAGAACAGGAAAAUUGAGAAGAUGUUCUACAAUAUUCACACAUGUGAACACCAAACUGUUCAAUAUUCAUGGUUAGUUCUGUAAUUAUAUUUUAUGUACCAAUACAUGUUUCUGUUAAUAUUAUAUUCAUCCAGAAGAAAAUGUUAAGGAUAUAUGCACUA